GAUAGUGGGGCACAAGUGGCCUCUCAAGAGCUGCACUGCUUUAGUUAGCAUACCAGCAACAGAUACCUGCAACGAGAUGGAAGGUGUACAUGGCACCUCUGCAGCCUCUUCUGGUUCAGGAGAGAAGGAGCCCUAUGACUUAGAGAGCCUCCUGUACUUUACAACCGGAGUACCAAUCCAGAGGUUUGAUAAAGGACGGAUCUAUACAUUUAUUGGUGAAGUGGUGGUUUCUGUGAACCCUUACAAAAACUUGAACAUUUAUGGUCGUGACAUGAUUGAGCAGUACAAAGGACGGGAGUUAUAUGAGAGGCCCCCUCAUCUCUUUGCAAUUGCUGAUGCUGCUUACAAGGCCAUGAAGAGACGAUCAAAAGAUACCUGCAUUGUAAUAUCAGGUGAGAGUGGGGCUGGGAAAACUGAGGCCAGUAAAUACAUUAUGCAGUACAUAGCAGCCAUCACCAAUCCCAGUCAAAGAGCAGAGAUUGAAAGAGUGAAGAACAUGUUGUUGAAAUCCAACUGUGUGUUAGAGGCCUUUGGCAAUGCCAAAACCAACCGUAAUGACAACUCCAGCAGAUUUGGAAAAUACAUGGAUAUCAACUUUGACUUCAAAGGAGACCCGAUAGGUGGACAUAUCAAUAACUAUUUACUAGAAAAGUCCCGAGUGAUUGUGCAGCAGCCAGGAGAACGAAGCUUUCACUCUUUUUAUCAGCUUCUCCAGGGGGGUUCUGAUCAGAUACUACGCUCUCUACAUCUUCAGAAAAAUUUCUCUGCAUACAACUAUAUUCGGGCCGGAGGGCAGUUAAAGUGUUCCAUCAAUGAUGGUGCAGAGUUCAAAGCAGUGGCAGAUGCUAUGAAAGUGAUAGGCUUCAAACCAGAGGAGGUUCAAACUGUCUACAAAAUUUUGGCUGCCAUUCUUCACUUGGGGAAUUUGAAGUUUUCAGUGGAUGGCGACACGCCUGUGAUUGAAAAUGGCAAGGUUGUGUCGGUAAUUGCAGACUUGCUGUCAACAAAGUCCGACAUGGUGGAGAAGGCCCUGCUUUUUCGAACUGUAGCUACAGGCCGGGAUGUCAUUGACAAGCAGCACACAGAGCAGGAAGCCACCUAUGGCAGAGAUGCUUUUGCAAAGGCUAUAUAUGAGCGCCUUUUCUGUUGGAUUGUCACACAUAUCAAUGACAUCAUUGAGGUGAAGAACUAUGACACCACAAUCCAUGGGAAAAACACAGUCAUUGGAGUCCUGGAUAUCUAUGGCUUUGAGAUCUUUGACAACAACAGUUUUGAACAGUUCUGCAUUAAUUACUGCAAUGAAAAGCUGCAGCAGCUUUUUAUUCAGCUAGUUCUAAAGCAAGAACAAGAGGAGUACCAGCGAGAGGGGAUUCCCUGGAAUCAUAUUGAUUAUUUCAACAACCAGAUUAUUGUGGAUCUGGUGGAACAGCAGCACAAAGGGAUCAUUGCCAUUCUGGAUGAUGCCUGCAUGAAUGUUGGAAAAGUCACCGAUGAGAUGUUCCUUGAGGCACUGAAUAACAAACUGGGGAAACAUGCUCAUUUCUCCAGCAGAAAGGUUUGUGCGACAGACAAGAUCCUGGAGUUUGAUAGAGACUUUCGGAUUAAGCACUACGCAGGAGAUGUUAUAUAUUCAGUCACAGGAUUUAUUGACAAAAACAAGGACACUUUAUUCCAGGACUUCAAACGCCUAAUGUAUAACAGCUCCAAUCCUGUGUUGAAGAUGAUGUGGCCUGAAGGUAAAUUGAGUAUCACAGAAGUGACCAAGCGACCCUUGACUGCUGCUACCCUUUUUAAGAACUCCAUGAUUGCACUAGUAGACAACCUGGCAUCUAAGGAGCCAUAUUAUGUCCGAUGCAUUAAGCCCAAUGAAAAGAAGUCAUCACAGCUGUUUGAUGAAGAACGCUGCAGGCAUCAGGUGGAAUACCUUGGACUUCUGGAGAAUGUCAGGGUCCGACGGGCAGGAUUUGCCUACCGCCAAACAUAUGAAAAGUUUCUUCACAGGUACAAGAUGGUCUCAGAAUUUACUUGGCCAAACCAUGACCUCUCUUCAGACAAAGAAGCUGUGAAGAAAUUGAUUGAGUGCUGUGGGUUUCAGCAUGAUGUAGCCUAUGGGAAGACCAAGAUUUUCAUACGAACUCCACGGACACUCUUCACCUUGGAGGAACUGCAUGCCAAGAUGCUUGUUGGAAUUGUCCUCUUCCUACAGAAGGUCUGGAGGGGCACACUAGCUCGCCUUCGGUAUAAGAGGACAAGGGCUGCCCUCACAAUAAUUAAGUACUACCGCCGCUACAAGGUGAAGUCCUACAUCCGUGAGGUCACCCGGCGCUUCCAUAACGUCAGGUCCAUGAGGGAUUAUGGAAAGCAUGUGAAGUGGCCCAGCCCUCCAAAAGUGCUGCGCCGUUUCGAAGAAGCACUGCAGGCAAUUUAUCACAGGUGGAGAGCAAAUGUGCUUAUCAAGAGCAUCCCACCAGAAGAUCUGCCUCAGGUCAGGGCUAAGGUUGCUGCCAUGGAAUUGUUGAAGGGUCACCGAGCAGAUAUUGGGCUACAAAGAGCCUGGGAGGGUAACUAUAUUGCAUCGAAACCAGAUAACCCUCAGACCACAGGCUCUUUCAUCCUUAUUGCCAAUGAGUUGAAGAGGAAGGACAAGUACAUGAAUGUGCUCUUCUCAUGUCACGUCCGCAAGGUAAAUCGCUUUAAUAAGGUGGAGGACCGAGCAAUUUUUAUCACUGAUCGACACCUUUAUAAAAUGGACCCUAUGAAGCAGUACAAGGUGAUGAAUACCAUCCCACUUUACAAUUUGACGGGAUUGAGUGUCUCCAAUGGAAAGGACCAGCUUGUGGUCUUCCACACAAAGGAUAACAAAGACCUCAUUGUCUGCCUCUUCAACAGACAGCCAACUAAUGAUAGCAGAAUUGGAGAGCUGGUUGGAGUCCUGGCAAACCACUUCAAGAGUGAGAAACGCCAUCUGCAAGUCAAUGUUACCAAUCCAGUCCAGUGCAGCAUGCAUGGUAGGAAAUGCACGGUCUUUGUGGAAACCAGGAUCAACCAGACACAGCCAGACUUCACCAAGAAUCGUUCAGGUUUCAUCCUCUGUGUGCCAGGAAAUUAGCAUCCCUCCACUAGAGCAGAGAGCCUUGAAAGGGCUUAGGUUGCCCUCCCUGUGCCUUGAACUUUUCAAGGGAAUUAAUUUAGAAAUGCUCAGCUGUGACUUGCAGUCAUGCACCUAAACAGAUCUCUAAAGCUAGAGGUUCAACCAGCCCAAAUUCAAGAGAGAGUUUCUCUGCCACAUCCACCAGAGCUUAAAAUAUCCAAUCAGAUGUGCCCAGCUUGGCAGGCCUGGACUCAGGAAACUGCUUCUGAGCUAUUCAGCCGAGAGCAUUUACUUAUGGGCACUGCUACACCUGGCUUCCUCCCUUCCCCCACGCUUCUGACCCUCUCCCGUGUUCCUCUCCGAGUUUAUCUCCAUGUCUCAAUUUCACAAUAUUGUGCAGCCUCUGUAGGAAGGACCAAAGACUGGGCUCGGGAAAGGAGCCCAGCAGUAACAUGACUUGAAUUGGAAAGGCCAAAUCUCCCUUAAAAAGGGCUGGAUUCUCCUGAGGAAGGCACAGAACCCACACUCCUCCCAGCUCCUCUCCGGCAGAGCUCAUGUGACUGUUGCGGGUACCUAUAAGCAGCCUGCUGCUUUUCCUGUAAGAAGUCUAUUGGCCUGUGAGGCGGGAGGGGCUGGGGGAGCUACACUAGCAUCAAGAGGGUGGAAUUAAAGAUGUGGAGGGCUUUAAGCUGCCAUAGCUGUUGUCUUUCCUAAGUGGUAACUGCUUCCUAAACCCUCUGGAGUCCCAGCCUGCAUUCUCCAGCAUGACCCAGCCCCUUGGUGCAGUGAGGGCUGAGGUGAAUGCUGGCUGAGCUCUCUGCACGGCUGGGUUUCCUUUCCAGGGUCUGUGCAGAGGCUCUGGAAACAUUGGAAUGAUGGGUCCGAGGAGACCCAGCCCACAGCUCUCGAGUCUGUGUACACGACCUCUGGGCAGUUCCGUCCAAGCAUCGAGAGAAAUCCACAAACCCUGGUCUUAAAUGGAGAGACUUCCUCUUCUGCAGCUGCCUAGAGACCCUCCUUAGCCAUGCAUUGGACUCCUUCAGCACAAGCCCACGAGCCCCCUCUGGCUUUUCUGUUAGCAUCGUACUUAGCAGCUGGUGUGUAGCCUGCGUGUGUCUGGUCCCCGUGCCCCAGGCUGGUAACAGGGUGCUGGUUUCAAUCAAGUGCAGACUUUACCAGCUCUCCAUUCUCCUCUGCCAGAAUUCCUAACCGGCUUUUGAUUUAAUGUCAGUGGAUUGUAUGUCAGGCUUCUACUGUGGUGCUUUAAUGGGGGAGACGGUGACAUUAUGGGGCUACUGAGACUAUUCAGUUCUGGCACUGCUGGUCAGGUCAGGAUUCCAGUUUUCCAUGCUGUACAAGGCCUGCCUGGGGGGUCUGUCCCAAUGAGCCCAUCUUAGGGACCUCCAGUCCCUGGCUUCACUGGAGCAGUUGUUUAGCUCUCAGAUCUGUAUGUUUUAGCACCCCCCCUCCCCAAAAGGGGGGGGGCUGAAGAGGCACUAUUCAAGGCCAUGGUAGCCAUCCAGCUCCAUAGUGAAUACAAAGUCACCCUAUGAACAGAGGAGAGGGUACAUGGGUCACAACAGUGUCUCUGCCUGGCCACUGUUACUGGAGACUCUGAGAUUAAUUGGUAUCUGGAAUAGAGGCGAGAGGCUACAGAGCUGUGUUUAAUUAGGACAAGCUUAAUUUCCAAUUUUGUGUUUGCCAGAGUUCCCAUGGGCUAGCUCAGUGGUUUGAACAUUGGCCUGCUAAACCCAGGGCUGUGAGUUCAAUCCUUCAAGGGGCCACUUAGGGAUCUGGGGCAAAAAUCUAUCUGGGGAUUGGUCCUGCUCUGAGCAGGGGGUUGGACUAGAUACCUCCUGAGGUCCCUUCCAACCCUGAGAUUCUAUGGCUAUUCCCUUCCAAUUCCUUCCUAUGGCUGCUCCGUCCCUUCCCCUGCUCUACAUCGCACGAUUGCAGUGCAUGGCCUCUAGCCAGGACCCACCGAGUGCAGCCCAUUGUCAUUAAGGAGCAGGAGUCCCCAGGGCCACCCUGGCACCUGCUCACUCGGUUUGCUGCACUGGAUGGCAAGGAGAGCUCCUGCGGCCUGGGACGCUCAUGGCCUUUUCAGAUCCCCCCCAUCCGUUGGGAAAAAGCAAUUAUGGCUGUUGGCCAAUGCAGGUUAACUGUUAGCGGCUGCCUUACCACGGCCUAACACCCUAGAGCAACAAGGAGCGUGGAAGUGACUGCCCAGCCAAGCAAUUGCUCCUACACAUGCCAAACGUGUGUGUGCGCGCGCAGAUGGGUUAUCAGUAAGGGCCUUUACCUCUCAUUCUACUUACUCCCUGGCUUUUGCCGCUCCUCAGCAGAAGAAUGCCAGCACUCAAGCUGGUUUGUAAUUUGUGCUAGGAAGGAGGAUUUGAUUUGGUUCUAAUCCCUAUAAAGCAGUAGAAGAAAAGGGGAGCCCUCCCCAGCCGCUGUGCCUUUCCAUUUGCACUUUUUGCUUUUUUCUGUAAUUGCCCAAGUGCCUCCCCAGUAUCACAAGUGUAGAAGCCACAUUAGUGGGAAGAGUUUUAAUUAGCACUUUGGUACAGUAUCCCUCCGACGAAAUGGUUGUAUAGAAUCAUGAUGGAUGUGUAGGAAAUCUCAGAACACUGCGAGGGGGGGAUAUUGUAUGUGAUGAAGUAUGUGUCUUUAUUAAAUGAAAUACAUUAUUUGUGCCUGUUCUGGUUUAUAUAUAUAAUCCUGGUUUUCCCAUAAAUUAAUUAUUUCUAAAUUGUAUUCUGAUUUUAAGCCUGGGGCAAUAAUGCAAUGAACCUUUUUUAAGUAGUUGAUACUGUAAAAUAUUAAGGAAAAAGCCCUGCUAUUAUGAAAUUGGGGGUUUUUGUUUACAUAAUUCAAUAUAAUAAAUAA